AGCCUGUUCUGUGGUAGGCUUGGGUAUAAAAUCCCAAAUCCCAUCAGCUUCUAGCUGCUGGCAAAGAGGCUCACUACCAGCAAACAGAAUGGCCUUUCAUUCUGUGCUUCUCGUUUUCUUCGCUGGACUGGUAUUUCUGUCUGAAGCUGCACCAUUGGUUUCCCAUGGGUCUGUUGAUUCCAAGUGCCCUCUUAUGGUGAAAGUUCUGGAUGCAGUUAGAGGAAGUCCAGCUGCCAAUGUAGCAGUUAAAGUGUUUAAAAAGGCUGUGGGUGGAAACUGGCAGGACUUCGCUACCGGGAAAACCACAGAAUUUGGGGAGAUCCAUGAGCUCACAACAGAUGAACAAUUUGUAGAAGGCGUAUACAGGAUUGAGUUUGACACCAGCUCUUACUGGAAGGGACUUGGCCUUUCUCCAUUCCAUGAAUAUGCUGAUGUGGUUUUUACUGCUAAUGAUUCCGGUCAUCGUCAUUACACCAUUGCUGCUCUCCUCAGUCCCUUCUCUUAUUCAACUACUGCUGUAGUCAGUAACCCACAGGAAUAAGUAUACACUGAAAUCAUCCCAAAAUAUCCUCCAUUGAUAGAAUUACUAUAGGUUUUUAGGAGGAGGUUAUUUCCUAUAACUAAUGGCAUGCCUUUUUGCUACAGUAGUCCUUAUCAUUUUGUAACCUGGCUAAAAACUCAGGCAAGUCAAUAAACGUUUAAAGAAGAAA